GGCACCUGAGUGCCCUGGGAAGGAGCAGCAAAAUCUUCUAUCAAGCUCCUCUUCUUCUCCUACGCUACAAGUACUCCCCAGCUGAGUGUCUCCGGGUGCCCAUUGGCAGACAUGGUCCUUAGCCGCACACACCUGUGUGUGGAGUGACCCACAGAGGAACCUUUCCCCCACCAGGAAGGGAGUGUCACAUCCCGGUCCUGUUCACCAGCCACCCAUACCCACUGGUGUGACCGUGCAUGGCAUGGCCAGUGGCCAGGGCCUGAGGGCAGGGACAUGGACAUCCUCCAUGUUUCAGAGUGGGCAUCCUGGAAUGCAUCCUUUGUGGAGCCGGAUGCUGGGAGUGGGUCCCUCUCUGGCCCCUGGUACAGCACACACAAGACUCAGCUCUUGGGAGUUUUGCUUGCUGCUGCUUCAAAUUUUCUGAUCAGUGUCUCUUUGAAUAUACAGAAAUGCGCUCAUCUCCGACUGGCGUGCCAAACAGAGCUGAAGCCCUACUACAUGAGCAAGCUAUGGUGGUGUGGUACUACCCUCCUGGGGCUCGGAGAGGUGGGCAAUUUCACAGCCUAUGGAUUUGGCCCCAUUGCCCUCAUUGCUCCACUGGGAUGUUUAUCUGUCACAGGUAGUGCAUUUAUUUCUGUCUUAUUCCUAAAGAAGACCAUGAGGGCUGCUGAUAUAUUGGGGGGAACACUGACAGUAACAGGGACAUACUUGUUGGUGACAUUUGCUCCAGAUGUGCCCCAAGAGAUCACAGCAAGACGAGUUCAGAAUUACUUAGUGAGCUGGCCUUUUUUGGUGUAUUCAAUCAUAGGAAUUAUAAUAUUCUGCAUUCUCCUCUAUUUUUACAAAAGGAAGGCUGUGAAGCACAUUGUUGUUUUGUUAAUGAUGGUAGCACUACUGGCAUCACUGACUGUCAUUACUGUAAAGGCUGUGGCCAGCAUGAUAACACUCUCUGCAGAGGGGAAAAUGCAGCUAACUUACCCUGUUUUCUAUAUCAUGAGUAUUUUAAUGGCAAUUUCUUGUGCUUUCCAAGUCAAGUUCUUGGAUCAAGCAAUGCAUCUGUACGAAGCAACAGCAGUUGUGCCUCUUAAUUUUGUGUUCUUCACCACCAGUGCCAUCAUUUCAGGGGUCAUAUUUUAUCGGGAAUUCCAAAGCACAGCUUUGCUGAGCGUGUUCAUGUUUCUGUUCGGGUGUCUCCUAUCUUUCCUUGGUGUAUUUGUAAUUGCAAAAAAUAAAAAAGAGGAGCAUUUACAAAUUCCUUUUAUUGACUGUGGACAUAUUCCUGGACAAAAUUUGACGUGCAAAAUACAACCAGAUCCUCACAGUUCACGCUAUGGCACUUUGAAUAAUGAAGACAACUCAGUGAAAAGUCAAAGCUGAAAGAAGCAAGCAUCUCACAUGCCAAUUAACUGAAGGAAUGCCACUGGAACAAGGAUCAGCAGCACCUUUUUCUUGAAUACAUUCAAGUUUAUGUUCAACUCCUGUAUCUUGAUGAGUCAAAGCAUUUAAUUCAUCCCAUGGUAGCCCCAAAUGUGUUCUAAAGAUGAAGGAAGCCUUAAGAAAAACUAAAUAACCAUUAAUGAAAUGGAACAUUCUCCUAGUGUCUGUGCCUUUUCAGGAUAUUUUUAGAGUCUUAAUUUCCUUGAAAUGCAAAUAAGCACAGAAUGGGAUUAUAAAAAUUCUUCUUUCAGACCCUCCAGAUACUUAAAAAGAAAGGUGGAAAUGGGGAUUUUCACAAAUUACUUCAAAGUAUUCUGCUAUGUGUAUAAUACCUUUAAAAAUCUGAUCCUUCGUGCUCAAGAGUCAAACCUGUGGGCAUAGAUACAGACAAAGUAUAUUAUAUUACAUAUAGAGGGAAAAUCCUGAUUCUCUUAUUCCAUCAGACUAAUUCUCUUAUCUUCCUAGGAAAUAAACACUUGUGUGAGGAGGGAGAAGGAAAAGAGUAAUUGCCAUAAACAUAGACACAUUCAUAUUUGUACACGUUUGUGGUGCCCAGCCAAGGCAGAGCUAGGGAACCACGCCCAACAUUUUCCAUCUUCCCAGAAGAAUCCUCUGCUGUAGGCUUCUCUGGGUUAUACUAUCUGUUAGUAUAGCUCAGCCUGAGGUUUAUCCUCUAUUUUUUGGGAAAACAAUGUUUUAGUGAAGAAACUGCAAAGAUCUCCUGAGAGAAUGGGGUUGCCGUGCUCCCUCCCUUGAUGUGUCUUGGAAAAAUACCCUUAAAAAAGAAAAGUAGGAUUACUCCUGCCUCCUUCCUAAACCAUUUAUAAUCUGGAUGGGGAAAGGCUGUAAAAAACAGGAUCACAAAGAGUGACAGUAACAGUACAAUUUUUCCUUCAUUAAAUGGUAUUGUUUCCACACUGAUUUGAAGAGCCAGCAGUGAUAGGUACCAUGGCAAUACAGGCUCUCUGUUCAGGUCUGGGAGGUCUUGGUGUCCCUCAGUACCAGUUUCCAGGCAAGAAAUCUUCUUCUGGGCAUUCAUCUUGGGUCCACUUACCCCCGCCUGGUAGCACCCAGCAAUGUCAGGUGGCACAGUGGGUGUCAGACACCUCCUCUGCAGAAACAAUUGAACAUGGUCAUGAAAAUUGUUUGCAUCUUGGACAAGACACUUCUAGGUUUGAGUUAAUCUGCAGUAAUGGAUAGGGGCCAUAGACUGUGUAUAUUUUGCUUCAGUGAGAUAUGAGGAAAUGCAGUCUCUUUUUUUUUUCAUAUUUAUUUCAUAUUUACAAUAGGUACAGCUGAAGAUCCAUAAGACAAUUUCAUUUCAAACCCUAAAAGGUACGCACAGAGCUGGAGUUGUUCCUAUGCAGCAAUGUCCCAGGAGCCAGGGCCCGGGGCUGAAGGAGGGGGAGCUUGUGAAACUGUUUUCCAAUGUGAAAUCUUUUCAGCUUGCAGAGGACAAAACGCAGUGUCUGCACCCUACUUGUACCAGCUGCCUGCCCAUGGCCUUUCUUUCCCAUCUUACAGCUUGAGUUCAAGUUUCUAAAGCUUAAUGUUUAAAAAAAUAGUGCAUUCUUUUUGUAUGUUUUCUCCAAGGAAUAAGGGCAUGCCUCUGUCUUUCUUUUGCAAGACAAAUUUAAGCCACUUUUUAAGUCUCAAGCGAGAGUUUGUGCUAAAGAUGGGAGUAGGAGGCCUACAGAUUUUCAUUCUGUGACCUGGGAAACAAAUGGGUGAAAGGAUUUGGUUUUAUUUUGUUUUCAAAUGAUUGGCCUUGGGCAUCGUUCUGAAAUCUGUUACCAUGAUUCAGAACAGCUGGAGGAGAUGAUAAAUGUUACCAGGUAUAGGGUUUUCUCUUUAAAGCAGGAAAUGAAAUUUAAAAAUCUGUGGCAAAAGUUAUUAUUUGUUUUAAACUACUGUAUUUCUUCUUGAACCACACUUCUUUUCUUCCUGUAGAUUUAUUAAAAAAAUACUAGGGUUAAAAUGUUUUCUGUAAACUUGAAUGAAGUUGAGAUUAAUUUAUGGAGCAAACCACUGGCAGAAAUUAUAUGCAAUUAAAACUUAUGAUUUGACCUGAUUUUUGAGACAUAAGGAUGUUCCAAUUAAUUAAUGUGUCACAAGAUUGGAAAAACUCAGUGAUGAGACUUCAUUACUGCUCUGCCAAAAGAAGGAUAUGAUUUUUUCAAGAAUCAGUCUCCAAUCAAUGUCAUUUUCAGACUCUGCUUGUGAUAUUUAGGUUCUGCCUAAAAUGCCUGAUAAAAGAAAACCCUUUUCACUGGAAUACAAAAAUGUCUCUGGAGCCCUUCUCUUUAAUUACAUUAUUUUCUUAUGAUGUUUUUCCUGACACCAAAAAUAUAGAGCAGAUAUAAGCUGCAAAACUUGCACCUUCAGGCUGAAUUUUCUUGAAUACAUCCUCCACAAAAUCUAUG